UAUACAGAUCGAACACUUGAUCGCUCUGUAGCGUCGGUCGAACAUUCGAAGGUGAAACAAGAUGUCUGCUCGUGGAGGAAAAGCUGCAAAAAGAGGCAAAGAUCGCAUGUCGCGAUCUGCAAAGGCAGGCCUACAAUUCCCAGUGAGUCGAGUUCAUAGAUACUUGCGGCAAGUGACUCAUCACUACCGUAUCGCAUCGGGUGCUCCUGUCUACCAAGCAGCCGUGAUGGAGUAUCUAACAGCCGAAAUCCUGGAGCUUGCAGGUAAUGCUGCUAGAGAUAAUAAAAAGAGUAGAAUUAUCCCUCGACACAUCCUUCUUGCCGUAGCAAACGACGAAGAACUACACAAGCUUUUAAAGGGAGUGACAAUUGCAUCUGGUGGUGUUUUGCCCAAUAUUCACCCUGAGCUUCUUAAAAAAAGAAGAGGAGGCAAACUUGUUGCUCCUGAAGACCUUCCUCCUAAAAAACCAAAGCAGACCAAAGAAGCUCCACCRGCRUCACCUUCCAAGGGAAAGAAAGCACCAGCAAAGCCUGCUCCACCUAGCAAGGGGAAAGGCAAGCCACGGGGAAAGGUAGCAAGCAAAGGCCCAGGAGAAGGCAUUAGUGUCUUGACUGAGAAGGUUUUAUUCCUUGGUCAACAUCUGACUGUUGUCCAGGGCAACAUAGAAAACAUUGAAGCCGAUGCAAUAGUUCACCCAACAGAUGGAAAAUUCACUUUAAAAUCUGAAGUUGGCAAAGUACUUAGUAAAAUUGGAGGAGAUGACCUGAAAAAGGAAAUUAAGAAAUUGUCUGACUCAAAGUCUGACUUUGCAGUUGAAGAAGCUGCCACCWGCCCUGCUGCUAACAUGAAGGUUAGCAAAAUUCUUCAUGUCCAUUGCCCAACUUACAACUCUGCAGAGGAAGAGCAGUCCACAGAGAGUCUGAUGAAAGCCUUGAAGAAUGCGCUUGCUGUUGCUGAUGAUGAAAAUCUUAAAACUCUUGCAAUCCCAUCCAUAGGGACUGGAACUUUCAAAUUUCCCAAGGAACAGGCAGCCCAAGCAGCACUAAAAGCCAUCUCAAACUACUUUGUAUCAGCCAUGGCAUCAUCUAUCAGACAAGUUUACUUUGCUCUUGAUGACAUGGAAAGUAUUGGUAUAUACACAAUUGAACUUGCUAGAUUAGAUUAGAAACAACUCAACRAACAAAUAUUAGAAUUCUUUAUCAAGUGUUGAUGUUUUUAUGGUAAGACUACUGACCAAGACUCUUCUGUUAAAGACACUUGUAUUUUUAUCAGAAAUACAAUGAUAACAUGUGACAAGGAUCAAAAGGAUUUGGAAAAGUUGCUUUUAUAUACUUGGGUUUCUGAAGUAGUUACAAUGUUAAUAUCAUUUUUUUCCUACGUAGUUAAACUUAGUAGAAAAUUUGUUUUUAAGCUUGUGUUUAAUUCCAGUGGGCCUUAGUUAGUUUUACACUAGGUUUUAUAGAGUUUAAGCAUCACGUUUACGGGAAACGGCUAACGACAGAGCUGAACCAAUGACCUAAGAAUUAGGUAGUCAUUUGAAAGAGUGACUUUUMACGAUUAUGGCAACUCGAAAAUAACCCACUUUCGCGUUGAAACUGUAACGCUAAAAACCCCAAAAGCYGGUCAYGUGAUCUGUUCUGCCGUUUGCCGUGAACGUCAUGCUCAGCUCUCAGUGUUACCGCACUCUCUCAUCGAUAUAAACGUUUUCAAUUAUAAGCGGAAUGUAGUUUGGUUACAGCAUUUUCUCCAGAAAAUAACGACUAUAUCUUAUUGUGUAUCUCAGUUCMUAAACAGAAAAGAAGUUUUUUUUAAAUACUGAAGAUUGCUUGAAAGUCUUUCAAAUUACAUGCUAUUAAGUAUAUUUAUUUUGUUCUGAGUAGUUUUUAUCUAGAUACAGUAGUGAAAGGUGAUGUAUAAUGUAAUAGAUCAUUGAAAAGAUGUGAAAUAUAUAACAUGGCUACUUUA